AUGCCUGAAAUAGCAGAGGUUGCCAGAGCUGUACAUUACAUUCGCAAACAUCUUGUGGCCCUAGAAGAUGGCAACGUCUUUGGCAAGGUUGGCACCAGCCAUACUGAAAUGAUGAAACAUCUAACUGGCAAGAAAGUCGUCGAUGCUGGUCAACAGGGCAAAUAUUUUUGGAUGAUCAUGUCAACUCCUCCACAUCCUGUCAUUCACUUUGGUAUGGCCGGGUGGUUGAAAUUCAAGUCAGAACACACCUUUUACUACAGGAAACAAGACGACGAGGAUGACUCUUGGCCACCAAAGUAUUGGAAGCUAAUGCUUGAGACUAAUGGAAAGGGAGAGGACAAGAUCGAAGCUGCAUACGUUGAUCCUCGAAGAUUCGGUCGCAUCCGCCUCGUCGAUUGCCCAGCUAAGGAUAUUCGGCAGCAUACCCCACUGGUUGAGAAUGGUCCGGAUCCUGUUCAAGAUAAAGAAAAAGUCACAGUCGAGUGGCUCAAGGCUUUGUGUAACAAGAAGAAGGUACCCAUCAAGGCUAUGCUGUUGGACCAAGCCAAUAUUAGUGGUAUCGGCAAUUGGGUUGGCGAUGAGAUCAUGUACAACGCCAAAAUGCAUCCCGAGCAAUAUGCCAACACUCUUUCUGACGACGAAAUCGUCAAACUUCACAAAAGCAUUCACUACAUUUGUCAGACUGCUGUCGACUUGCUUGCAGAUAGCGAUCAGUUUCCGAAUGAUUGGCUGUUCAAGCAUCGCUGGGGCAAGGGCAAGAAAGACGCUCCAAAGACUCUGCCUAAUGGUGAGAAGAUAGUAUUUCUUACCGUCGGUGGCCGGACGAGUGCAGUGGUUCCCUCCAUUCAGAAGAAGACUGGUGCUGUUGCUAAAGAAGUGAGUGACGUUGAGGAGGAGGAGAAACCGAAGAAGACGCAGAAAGCCAAACCUUUGAAGGAAGACCUUCCUAACGACGAAGAAGACGCUCCAGUAACCAAAAAGACCAGAGGAACCAAACGUGUCAAAGAAGAGGAGGAGCCUGAAGAAGACGAAGAGCCUGCCCCCAAGAAGAAGACAAGUGCAAAGAAGGCGAAAAAGGAAGAACCCCAAGAAGUUGCUGAGACGAACGAUCAUACAACAUCUGCCACAAAGCGCUCAUCGAAGAAAGGCACCAAGACCAAUGGCGCAGCUGAUGGCGAGGUGAAGGUGUCCAAGAAGCCCAAACAGACUCAGACAAUCGAAGCAGAACAGGAGGCCGAGAAUGGAAGGCGAAGAUCAGGUCGACUUAGGAAGUGA